AUGUCAGAAGAACAGAAAGUUGAACAGUCAGAGACUGUGCCAUCACAGGAGACUGCGGAAGACCCAGCGACUGAUGCGAUCGAAAACGAAGCACAGAUCAAGAAAUGCUUGAAAGAUGCAGACGAGCUGAAGCAAGAAGGGAAUGAGCACUUCCGGGCUAAGCGGUGGGGCGAGGCGUUGGCUGUUUACAGAGCAGGCUUGGGUCGGCUGCCGAAGCGGAAGCAGGCGAAACGCAAGGCUGUCCCUGUCGACGGAAAGGGAAAGGGAAGGGAGACGGAGCCCUCUGAUAGUGGAGAUGAUGGUUCCGCAGACGGAGCGGAGGAUACUGAAGGGAGCGUGCAGCCAGAGACAGAGGAAGAGGAGAAGCGACCGCUAAGCGAGCUAGAGCAAGAGUGCGCGAAAGCAAGGUCGGUCAUGAACGCGAACAUCGGCGCGUGUCAUGUCAAGCUUGGCGAGCACAAAGAAGCGGUGGCAGCAUGCACAGAAGCACUUGCCGACGAUCCCCACUACGUAAAGGCACUUCAACGAAGAGCACAAUCGAAUGAACAGAUCAACAGCUGGUCCUCGCUCAGUGCCGCACAAGAAGACUACACUACGUUGCUCUCAAUUUUGCCGCCGACAUCGACACAACUGCCCGAAAUCCGACGAUCCCUCGCCCUUCUCAAGCCUCGCGCCGAGGCGGCGCAGAAGCGGGAGACGGAUGAAAUGCUGGACAAGCUGAAGGGCCUCGGUAACAAUGUAUUGGGUAAAUUCGGUUUAUCGACGAACAACUUCCAGUUUGUACCCAACGGACAAGGCGGUUACUCUAUGAACUUUGUCCGAUGA